AUGGCAGACAACAAGACUUUCUAUGCUGCAAUCGCCGGCUGCCUCGUUGGCCUCUUUGCAAUGAUGGUCGUCCCCUGCUUCAUCGCGAUGUGCGUUGCUCGCUGCCGUGAGAAACGUCGUCUUGAUGCCCUUGAGCGCGAGGUUGCCGAUGAUGAUAGCACGGAUUACCUCGUCUAUGGCCCCUUCCCCUUUGACUCUUCGCUCUAUCAUGUCGAUGAAGUUGGCGAAUCUUCUGGAUACCGCGCCCCCAACAAUAGCCUCGAGAGCCUCGACAGCGCGAUCCAGCUUGAUGCCACUCUCGAAGACGACGCUGCUAUUGCUAGGGCUCUCGCUGAACAGGAAGACGAUAUCGCUAUUACCACCACCGAACAGAAUCUGGACAAUCUCCGCGAGCCUCAGUACGAAGGCAAAGGAAAGGCCCCUAUGUAUUCGCACAUCCAAGAAGUCCUCGUUGAUCAGCAAGAGCAGCAGCUCUUUGAGAACGCCCAGGUCCAGCUUCCUGGCCCCGUCCAAGAGGGCCUCUCUGAGCAUCUCUCCGCUGCUCUCGCUGAGGCUACGGCGACUGAGCUUCCCGCCGAGCUUCCAGCCGAGCAAAAGGCUGCUGAAGAGUUCCAAGACGCUCCAGAGGCUGCCCCAAAGGCCACUCCCGCCGAUAACGAGCAGUAG